AUGGAAGUCUUCUGUGAAUAUAGUUACGAUCCAUGUGAAGCUAGUCGAGUAUUUUACACAUGCUACAUCAAUGAACAGAACAUUCCUGAAAACACAGAAUUAAAAUUUACCGGAGAACAUAAAUAUGGAAACACUAACAAUGAUGUAGCGGAAGUGAACUUUUCCAGCUGCAACAUCACAAAAGUUCCACAAGGACUCACAAAGGUUUUUCCAAACUUGAUAAGUUUAAGCAUUUGUGGAUCAAAUUUAAAGGAUUUGAAGAAAAAUGACUUAGCUGAGUAUAAAAACUUUGAAAUUCUGGGAUUUGCUAAUAACUGUAUUGAAUUCUUGCCUGGAGAUCUAUUUGAAGGAUUCGAACUUCUAAAUGAGAUUUCAUUUGUUGGAAAUAAGCUACAAGCCAUAACACCAAAUAUUCUGGAUGGACUUAACAAUUUGAAGCAAGUCGACUUCAGCAACAACCCAAAAUACACCAAAUUUUAUUCAGAAGAUCCGAAAAACUUGGGAAAUGGAACAUUGCAAAGUGUUAAGGCUGAGCUACGUGAACAGUUUUGCAAUAAUUCUGGGAAACCCGUCAAUGUAGGUCAAAGGUUUGAGGAUGAAGUUCAAGCUUUGAAGAUUACUGUUCAAAAUUUAACACAAGGAAAUGGAACUAUACUUAAAGUCAAGGCUGAGCCACCUGAAAAUGCUUGCAGUAAGUUUAAAUUGAUGCAAAAUGCCAACCAAAAGUAUGAAGACGAAAUUCGAGCUUUGAAAAGAACAGUUCUCAAUUUGACAGUUGAAAAUCAAGCAUUGAAGAUUUCACAAGCUGAACUGCAACACGAAAUUCAAGCAUUAAAUGCACCAGUCAUCCAAAAAGGCGUUCAUUCCGAUAUUAAAAAAAUCCUCCAAGACGACAACUUUAAGGACUUCCAAAUUGUUAUUGACGACCAAAAGUUCAACGUCCAUAAAUUCUUGCUAACUGCGCGAAGUCCAACUCUAGCUGAUAUUUUGCUGAACAAUCCACAUGCUGAAAGUUUGAGUCUAGUUGAAAUUUCAGUCAAUAUCUUUGAGAAGAUUCUAAAGUUCCUGUACACUGAUGAAUAUCCACAACUUGAAGAUGGGAAAUAUUUGCAUCUGUUUUCUGCAGCAGAUCGCUUGAAAAUUGAAGAAUUGAAAGAUUUUGCGGUUGAAAAAGUUCUGGAAGGUCUCAAUGGUGACAAUGCAGUUGAAGUACUUGGUUUCGGUAACAAGUAUGCACACAGGCAGUUGAGAUUGAAAGCAUUUGAAGAAAUUAAGAAGAAAUGGCCAAGAAUUGAGUUUUUUGAUGAUUGGGCAUUUGAAACUGAACGAGUAGUUCAAGUAAUUGAACUGUAUAAGCAGAAGGAAGAAGCGCUUAAGAAAAUGGAAGAAAAGUUUAAAGAUAUGAAGGCAAAUACUUAAGAAAAAAUCUGGAUAAACAAUUUUUUAAAUAUUUUAUUAAAUGUCAC